UUGCAACCGACGCAACUCCAUGAGCCUUUAAUGAAAACAGUCGCUAAUUAGUUUAGUUUUUUCACAAAAUCCCUAAUUCUAACUUAGACAUUUCAUUUUUAGAAAACCUAAUAUCCCAUUGCUCUCUUCUCUCUCCCGCCCAAAACUCCAUGAAUCUCUCUUCGCCCCAAGCUCAAUGAACGACUCUCUCUCGACUAGGCCAGCGGCGCACCACGGAAUCUUGAAGGCCAUUUCAACCCUCUCCACUCUAUUUCCCUCUCUGCUGGAUCUCUCUCCCCUUCGCCCUCUUCUUCGCAAACCCGUAGCCCAAACCACCACCACCAGCAGCGCAACUCGACGACCCAACCACAACAACACUUCUUUGGUGUCCUCCUCGUUGUCGGCCGCUGCUAGCAGAGGUUGGGCGGAGGUUGGAUUGGAAGCGACGGCCUUCAGAUCUUGUUCGUGGGCUACGGAACUUGGACUGGUCGGUGAACUGCUGCUAGAGGUUUUCUUCAAAACUGUUAAUGGGGACACGUUUUUUAUGACAGGAAGCUUCAAUGAAUUUAAGGUAGAAGACCAUUCAAAUGAUUCUUGGGAUCAACAUAAUGCUAUGACUAGCACUGCGGUAAAGAAGCUGCAAAGGGUUGUUCCUCUUAGUGCAAGAAAUUUAUUGGAGAUCGAGUAAAGGAGUUGCACCAUUCCUGCAGCUCAAACAUUUUAGUGAGUCGUCAUAAAGAAAAUAUCUCACAAGAAAAUUGCUCAAUCUUUCAUUAUAAAGCAUAUGGCGCUACUUAGCGAUACAAUUUUAAAUCGAGAUUGGAUAAGCAAAAAGGUACUUCGGAUAAUAUCAAGAGUUAUGAAAGUUAGGAGUAGGAGAACCUUUUCUAAUCAUACAUUUGGAGGAUAGGAUUGUGUAAUGUAAGUGCAAAUUUUUACUAAGUUAUGAAGGUUGGGCUUGUAUACUGAAAGUAUUGUUAGAAAUAUUUGUUAUAUGAACACUUUAUGUAAUAUUACUCAUGUAAUUGUCUUAAUUUGAAUUUAUCUUAUUAAUUUUAACUUUA